AUGCGAUCUAUUGCCUUCCUGUUGGGUGUUGGCCUUUUUGGUGUGGACUCUGCGCUUGCUGGUCCAUGUAAGCCUCAAACUUCGACAACCGAUGUGGGGACUUCGACUUCAAUUGAUCCGAUAACGCAGUCUGGUACAGCAACGGCAGGCGAGACCUCUGUGGUGGCGUCGUCCAAAACGCUUACCGAGACCAUCGCAACCACACUGUCUUCAGAAACUACCACUGCUACUAUCAUCCCAACAUCCGAGACCGAAACAACCACUGUCGUUUCUGGAACCACCGUUGCAAUCGUCACAGCAUCAUCCGAGACCGAAACAACAACAACCGCAGAAUCCACCACUACAGCCCCCAUUGCAACCCCAACCUUUACCAUAGUUGGAGGUGGCGGCUCUGUGAACGGUAGCCCCAUCAAAGGCAUUGAUCAAGACGGGAGCAUCAUGCUAUUCAACCCAGAAAGAGGAAGCCCUCGCAUUCGGACGUUCAUCCUCGAUCCCGAUACUGGCCGAUUGAGAGACAAGGAUACCGGAGUUUAUGUUUGCGCAUACUACGGCUUAGCCGAAUCUCCCUCUGACCCAGCUUACUUUGGAUUUUGCCAGAAUGGAAACACUGGCCCCGGCAUGGUCUACGACUAUCUGACCUGUGAGAUAGUCAAUGGAAAGCUUGCCUGUACGACUCCAAAGGCUUCUUGCUCAGGUGAUGGCGACGAGGACAUAACCUGUGUCUCUGAUCCCAGCAGCGGCUUGAACAACCAAUUUUACUACAAGUACGAUGCUGGAAAUGGCGAUUAUCUGUACAUUUCUAGUGGUAGUCCAAGCAGCUAUACUCCUGUUGAUAUCGUUGCCCAGGACGCUUGA